AUGAUCAACCUCUUCGGCUCAGCCGCCAAGAGUGUACAGACGUGGGCGAGUCGAUCUCGAAGACCCUCAACCUCAUCGGCACCACCAGUCGGUGAGCCACCUUUACCACCACUUCCUCCCCGACGACGCACAGCAUCACCGGUCAUAGUGGAAGAUGCAUCUGAAGAGGACUCAUCCUCCAAUGGCAACCUACCGUCAUUGGUCACACGCGAAGUCUACUACAGCAGCAGCGAAGAGUCUAACGAAGAGCCCCUACACACUUCUCACGCGUCUUUCAUAGACCCACUCCAGCAAGUGACACCUCCCCGGAGAGUCACCCAAUCCCCAAUCUUCCGCAACGCGGACCCACCACUUCUCCCUGGCUAUGAACCGCCAACACCCCGCUCCCACCUGAGUUCUGGGGUGCCAUCGGCGAUACGUACCCAAGUUAAUAACAUGAUGACCAUCCUGGACAGUCAGACGACGUCGCGGAAAUCCACACCGAUUGUCAGUGAAUGGCAGAGCCAGCCCUCCACCAACUCGUCACUCAGUGACUCUUUCCAAACUGGAGUUGAGGGAUCGGCUACUGGGCCAUCUAUUUUGUUCUCUCGCGGCAGUCGCAGCUCGUCACGGGCAGCCAAACGGACCACCUUUGGCGACGGAUUCGACGGAAUUCCAGUUGUGCCAGCAGUCAGCUUCAUGAGCGCCACAGGACCCAUUGUGAUCGUCCGUGGGAUCCCCCCAUGUGGCUAUAGCAGCCAAUUCCUUACCACCAUUGUCGACAACCGAGAGCUUUAUGGGGGGGUCAACCGUACAACAAACCCCGUCGACUGCAACAAUGAUGCUUAUCUCCAAAAGCUUAAGAGCAAACAGCUCCUCAUCCGCCAGGAGUCCACCGGUCAUGUCAUACAGGUCUUCCCACUGCGUAUUCUUGGUCAUGACAGCAUUGACAACUACCAAACCUGGCAGCUCACAUCUCGCUGGCACCCUUACCUUCGAGGCUACUUUGAUCGCCAAGACAGGAGCAUGGCGACAUCCGGCAAGACAUACUAUGUUGUGGAUGGGUGGUACGACGGACUUCCCUGCCAGCGAAUCGUUCAGUCCUUUGCCGAGGGAUGGGCGAUGCAGGCAGAUGUGACCAACAAUGGCGUUAGCGAUGCACCUACCGGUUUCAAGGAACUGGAAGGAGCCCAAGCGUACCUGCUCCAGAUACAGACAAGUCGGCCAGUUGACCCCCGGAACAGAAUUCCUCCACAAUGGGUCAUAAACGCAGGAAUACUUGGCACUGAAGACCCACAUUUUGCCUGUUCAGAACACUUUGGACACUCAUCUGCAGGGCGAUCCAACGCCUCUGCUGGAGUAGAUGUACCGGUCCCAACACCACUAAGUACUCGAACCAUACCAACAGCACCAAGAGACCCAGCGAGGAAUCCCAACGUCGCUGAAACGCCUCCAGCAACACCGAUCCGCCGUGGCUCACGUACACCCAGUGAAAUGGUAGAAGUGACCACUGCUGACGGCCAGAGGUUUACUGUCCCUGCGUCAUCCAUUAAUCGAUCCGUUGGCACAUUCAGUCGCUCGCGAGACAAUGCGUCGGUGACGAGCCUUGACAGUCUCUGGAUGAGUCACAUAGAGUCCCAGCAUCACCUCAAGGACGCCCUUGGAGCUAUCGUUCAAGGCAACCGCUUCACACAUGACGACCAACUUCGUGCAUCCACGGAACUCCCACAACUUCCAACGGCACCCACCUCAACAGCUUUAUACCAGUGGAAAUGUGGAGUGGAGAAUGCUCUUACCGGUGACCACUGGGAAGCCGAUGACCAGGAAAUCUGGGAAUAUUCAGGCACUACCGACAACAACCGUGACAUUUCCAAGGUCAUGGGCCGACUUCUCGUGAAGGCCACCAAGCACAAUCGCACCGUCACGGAUCUUAUCCAACGUGAACAAGGACUCAAGCGCCGUGGCCCAGAACUGUUGCAGGCCAUCCUCGACACGUUCCUUCCCAUCACCAGUGACCGCAUGGACGAUCGGUUUGCCGAUGUGAGUACUAUUGUACAAGAACAACGCGAAUAUUGUACGUCAUUCCUUCUUCGGAUGCGGUUCUUCAGCCGUCAAUACGGUGCCGCUAGUGGCGUCACACUCCCAGACAAUGUCCUUCGUGGCUGGUUUAUCUCCGGCAUCGUCCGUCACGGACCUUAUCGGUCCAUCCUCGGCAAAAGCUAUACCCGCCUCAUCCGGCCAGGUGGGAAACUGAAUGGCAUCCCCACUAUCGAGUGUACACUUGACCAACUGGCUGAACACUUCGACAACAUUCUUACCGGUGCCGAGAACAACAAGUACUACAGUGACAGCAAGCUCCUUGCUGGUGAAAGCCCUAUUCGCGCUUACUCCACUCGCGGUAAGGCCCACAAGGUCGGCUCAGCUUCUUCUGACUCUCCUUCCGAGUCACGGGGGGUAGCCAACCAAUCUUCGCUCGACCUCACUGACCCCAUGGCCCUCGUACACGCACUUCAGCCCUUCGAAGACGUACACGUAUCCAAAGAACAGGCCCAGAAUGUCAUGUACCAUUAUGCAUGCCCGUGGUGUGUCAUUGCCAGGAACAAGAACACCGAUCGUCACCACAUGUCCAACUGUGAACACUGCAUUCCCGGUUACAAGAUAGAGUUCGACGGCGCCGCAUACAAGGAAGGCAAGAACAACCGACGUAGACCACGCAACAACAAUGAUGCUGGCACAGCGCGAGCAGCCAACCGUGGCAAUAGACGAGCCUUCACCGUGUCUGAUGAUGAGGACAACAAUGACGACGACGAGAGCGUCUCCAGUGGCUGCCAGGCUGGCCACUAUUCCAGAAGAAGGGCCAAUGAGCGAGGACGUGGAGGAAAGUGUGGAGUCGUUAGCAACAAGUAG